AUGACCUCCCAAAACCACUAUGCAGUGCUAGGCGUCUUGCGCUCUGCGGCACACGCAGAGAUCAAGACCGCGUAUAAUCGUCUCGUCUUGAAAGCUCACCCAGACAAGGGCGGCUCACAGUCGGACUUUAUCAAGAUUCAAGCAGCGUGGGAAGUCCUGAGAGAUACAUCAGCGCGGGCGGAAUUUGACAGAAAGAACCCGCACGCAACUGGUGUACCGGGACAGCCUCAAUCAUCCAGAGGUAAGUCCACUCGCGGCUCCGAGUUCCGCAGUGGUGCACGUAAGUCAUCACCCGAUAGCUGGCACUCUCAUCCCGCAGGCGGAAACUCCAUGUCCAGCACAUAUUCCAAUUCCAAUAGAUGGAGUGGAUAUCGUGAGUCUGCGGGUGGAAACGCUUAUAACCAUUAUCACGGCUUCUCCGCCAAAGAUACAGACGAUGGUAUCCCAGACCAAAGAUCACGAUCGACGAAACCGAGACCGAAGCCAGAGGACGCAUCAACCAAGAACCACCAUACUCAUUGGAAUGAGGCGCCUCCGCCCAAGGAUACCCCUAUGGCAGAUGCGCCAGACGAGCCAAAGCCGGAAAGACCGUCACACGAGAGAACGCACGCGAGACCAGAAACACGCCAUCCCCACGCAAGAGGCAGACGGAGAAGCCCCAGCCCUGCCCCUGACCAUUAUCGCGGCAGAUGGUCCCCUCCGCCCGCAGCGCCUACAGAAAUGGACAUCAAGCCUAUCCAAGAUCUCGCCGACAAGGCAGCUCGAACUCUCAAUAGCUACAAAGAGCUCUUGGAGGUGGUUCGCUCCCGCACAAAUUCCCACCCCCUUACUAAACUGAGCGAGGAGAUGCAUACGAAGCUCCGACACGUCCAAAGCUGUCUGUGCACGCGCGAGCUGAAGAUCAAGCUCCGUGUCUACGCCAUUAUGAACUACAACGCUGAGGUGCGAGCACUCCAGCCCGUCACACCGUUGGAAUCCUUCUACCCGUCUCUCAUAGAGACGGUGCUAGGCACAGACGUGGACAUUGUAUCGGAUCUGAAUCAUGCCAUGGGACGCGUGCUUCGCGACACGGCCGAGAUGCUGCGAAUGAAGCAGGUGCUCGAGUCCAAGGGUAUGAAGCUCACCGACGAUGAGAAGACAGUCAGGAAUUCGAGGGGCUCUAUCGACGCGUUGGACCGGUUGUUGACCAAGAUCCUCACUAGUUCAUUCGCCACUGUGGCUUGA